AUGAAUCCAUUUGGAUAAGUAUGUUUAAAGACAUUAAAAAUAUAUGGAAGAUACACAAACUAUCUGAGUAAAAUAAAUAAUAAUGAAAUUUAUGAGGAUUCAAAUAAAGAUAAUGUUGAUAAAUUAUUAAUUGGUUUGGGAAUUCCUAUUGAUAUGAUAGGUUGGUUUGAUUAAGAUGCAAGAGUAUAUGAUCAUGCCCCUAUUGAUUAAGAAACAAGAGUUACCUUAAGAGAUAUGGUAAAAAUUAAAGAUUAAGCCAUUAUUGAGGAAGAUUUCGAAGGAUUAAAAGUAUUAGGAAAAGAUAUUAAAAUUGUUUUUGAUAUUGGAAAGAAUAUUUGGAACAUUUAAAGGGAAAUUAAAUUUUUUAUUGCUAAAGAAGAUUAUUUAAGAGUAAUUGAAUUAAAAAAAAAACUUAAAAAAUUAUAAGAAUCAAGAGAUAGUUAUGAUGCUUUGUACGAAACAUCUAGAUAUGAGAAUAUGAUUGUUUUAGAUAGACCGAGUUCAGCUGAUUAUUUAAAGGUUUUUUUAAUUAUUAUAUUUAAUAAAUAUAAUAGUUAUAUAAAUAAUUAAAAAAAGAGGCUUUAAGUUUUAGAAGAUGACGAAUAAAGAUAAGCUUAUGAAAGAAGAAAAUUAAGAGAAAUGGAAGAAGCUGAAAGAAUUAGAUUAUUAAAUGAAUUAAUGAGAAUGUAGUAAAUGCAAAAUUAACCUGAACAAGUAUAAGAAUAGUAGUAACCUGAAUUAAUAUAAUAGUAAUAACCUGAUUUGAUAUAAUAGUAAUAACCUGAAGAAAAACUACUGACUUGGUGGGAAAAAGAUAAAGAAACUUAAAUAAUAAAAAAAAAAUAACCAAAGAUUAAAAAAAAAGAAGAAUAAAAAAUCGAAGUAAAUUUUAACAAUCCAAUAGCGUUUAAUUAAGGAGACAUAGAUUUAGAACUUUAUUUAAAGCCUUUGCUUGUAUAAACAAAAGAAAAGUUACCAGAAAUAUCUUCAGAAAUUCUUCGAAGGUUAUUUCAUUUAGGCUAUUUGCAAAUAUUUGGUACUUAAUGUUGGACUGCAUUAUAUUCAGAAAAUUGGCGACAUAGAGAAGCUUCUGCAUAAGCAGUUUUAAAUUUUAUAGAAAUGCCAUUGCCUGAAAAAUAUUUAAAUGGUAAUUCCAAACUUUUAUUUUUAGCUUGUAUGGAAAUGGCGAAAACGGCAUCUGAAGAUAAAAUAUUAUAAAUAUAUUUUAUAGGUUUAAAAAUAUUAUCUACUGCACUAGCACCUCCAGUUUGUGGAAGUGAUGUAUCUCCGAAAAUUAUAAAUUAAGCAUUGAAAGAAUUUACACCAAUGCUAAUUAAUAAAGUAGCAGAAUUGAAUUUUCGUUCUAGAGAUAUUUCUCUCCAUACUCUAUUAUCUAUUUAUAAACAUCCUGUCGCUGAAAUUGGAUAACUAAUUAGUGCUUGCUUAGAAAUUUGUAUUGAAAAUCCUAACUUUUAGUCUUUGUAUAUUCCUCCUUAUAAAUAGCCUUAUAGGCUCAUGAUGGCUAGAUUAGAAAUUGUACUUAAUAUAAUAUAAGAAUCUGGUUAUGAUGAAAGGCAAUGGAAUUGGUUGGAUGUUUUUUAAUUUUUAUUAGCUCCAUGUCUAUUUCAUCCUUCAAAUGAAGUUAGAUUGCUUUCUAUAGAACUUAUAAUUGCACUUUAUUAACUUUUAGGAUAAGAAGUAAGAGAUGCAGUUGAUUUAAUAGAAAAUUUAAAACCGAAUUUAGUUGAAUUAAUAUAUCAUAGAUUAGACGAAGCUAAAGAUGUAGCAGAUAAAAAUUAAAAAUUAAGAGAAAAUCAAUAAAAUUAGCUUACUUUAGUCAGAGAAACUGAGGAUCCGAUUAUGGAAUAAACACCUCCAGGUUCGGUUUCUUGGAAUUAAACUUAAAGAUAAAAGUCUAGAUAAGAAAUAGAAAAAAAAGAAAUAGAAAUAGAAAAAGAUAAAGAAGAAAUAGAAAAAGAAAAAGAAAAAGAAGAAAUAGAAGAAAAAUUAAAAAAAAGUAAAACAUAAAUAAAAAAAAAUUAAUUAAAAUAAAUAAAAGGCGUUGUUGUAUAAAUUGAUGCCAUUUUUAAUGUUCAAGAAAGUAAAUAUCCACAUAUUGUCUUUGUGAGUCUUUUUCCUGGAGGCUCUUUUCACUAAAAUAAAAAAAUUGAUAACUUCACUAAAUACAUUUCUGAUUUUGAUUGGAGUUCAAGUAUAAAUUCUCCACAUUUUAAACCAAAUCACUUUACUUUUAGAGAAAACCUAGAACCUAAAUCAUUUUUUUUGGUAGAAGUAAAAAGUAUAAAUUUAAGUAAAUAAAAUAAUCCCACUUUCGAUAAUGUUGGAUGGACUUGUAUACCUAUAUAUGAAGGAUAAUAAAAUAAUAUUUAGGCUGGAAUUUUUCAAGUUCCUCUUUAUAAAGGAGACUCUGUGGCCUCAAUUAUAGAAGAAAUGAAAUUUAGGAAACCUAGUGAUAUUUUUAAUGAAAAAUUAAACUAAAAAAAAAUAACUUAUUUAACUUUUACUUCAGUUUUAAUAAGAAUUGAUGAGUUAGAAAAUCUAACUCAUUUUUAAUAAAUAUAUGAUAUAAAUAAAAUUGACUAAAGAUAUAUCCCACCCAAAGAUUAUCAAAAAUGGAUUAUUGAUGAAAAGAGUUUAGAAAAAAUGUAAAAAUCAAAAGAUUUAAUGAAUAAAAUUAUACCUAAAUCAACUAACGUUAAUGAAUAUAAUAAAACUAUUAUAGAAGUUAUUUAAAAAUUAUUUUGA